UCCAUCUCGUUAGGUUUCUCUCUCUUCUCUCUUGUUUCUUUUCUUUCUCCCGACAGUCUCUCCAUCGCCGGCCGUCUCUCUAUGAAUCCUCCCCAGAAAACGGAAGACGAUCUCUUCCACCACCACCACCACCACCACCACCACGAUCUGGGCCCACCUCCGGCACCGGUCAUCAUCCCCAAUCAUUAUCAAUCUCAGCCGUCCAUUCAAGAAGACCUCUACUUCCGCUCCUCUUCCCCCGACUCACCCAGUCAAUCCUCCGACAACGACGAUUCCUCCCUCCUGCUCCUCCACCGCCACAAUGAACCGAAGCCGCGGCCAAAGCCGCUGUUCAUCAGCCCAGAGUCGCACAUCUCCUCCCAAUUCUACACUUUCAACGCGGACUCCCACUCGCUCAUGAUCCGCUGCAUCCUGGAGCACCGCCUUGCUACCCCUGACGAGAUCCGCGCUGCCACUCACCGCUCCGUCCUCAAGUCCUGGCGCGCCGUCUGGAAGGAUCGCAACGAGGACACCGCUUACGUCACCGGCUGGAAGCGGAUCCAGGAGAAGCUCGCCGCCCACGUCGACCCCACUUCCGGUAACGAAUUCCUCUGCUUCAAGAAUAACACCCAGCAGUUUGUUUCCCACAUUAAUCAAUGGCAGGACAUUGUUAUGAGCUUCCAUGGGGAUGCGGAUUUGAAACAUUUAGGCCUUCGAGAGACGAUUGAGCGGAUUAAGCAGAUUUGGACUGUAGGGGCCAAAUUUUAUGGAAUCCCUGAGAGUUACAUUAGGGUUUGUGUCGCUGCCUGCCCUGUUUGCUCCGCAUCCGAGGGCUCUGCCUCCAGAAACAAACGUCGUCGUUUCGAGUACACCGAGUCAUUUGAUUUGCCUGCCAAGGAUGUACCUGAUAAGCUGCAGCAGUUGGCUGCCAAACACAAGGUUGUGCUCUGCAUUAGGCAGAAGUACAUUAGGUAUAAGCCGUUUAUGGCCGAGGUUAAGGAUUAUGCUUGUCACAGGGCUGGGGAACCUGCAGCAAAGAAGUCUAGAAUGCUUAAGAGGGAGCCGUAUGCUUCCAAGAGGUGUGGCUGUGGUUUUAGGAUUAGGGCAAUUGUGCCAAUUGCAAAUUAUAACGACAAGGAUAAGACAUUUGUGUAUCAAGAAGAAGGGGUGGCCGUGUUUAAGCUCUAUGCUGUGCAUUCAGGGCACGAGCCGGGACCUUUGGAUGGGAAUGCUAGGAUUAUGCACAGAGUUGUUGGGCAUAAAGGUGGUUUUAUGACGGACCAAGAAAUGGACUAUGGCGUGCGUGAAGAUGUAGAUGGUGAAGGGUUUGGGUUGUUUGGCAAGGAUGAAGGGCAGUUUCAGCUGUCCGUCAUGCAGCAGGUGCAGGAGUUAAAAGCUGAGAUUAGUCUUUUAGAAGGGAGAUUGAGGAAAGUUCCGAGUGAGUAUUUGGGUUCGGUAUCUCAAGAACUGUUUGAUGUUGUUAAUAAAGUUAGGAGUAUUGGGGAUGAGAGCUCAAAGACGAUUAGUUUGCUUCCUGACAAGCCUAAUUCUGACGAUGCCUUGGUGGGAGAGGAUGAAUUGGUUCAUUGGAGCGAUCAUCCUGAGAGGAUAUAUGGUAAUGGAAAGGAGACAGAGUUGAUUGAUGACGACGACAAUGACAGUUUCGGAAGGACACUUGGGGAUGUAGUAGUCCCUUGGGACCAGAUGAGAGCAGAAUGCAGGAGUGAGAAGGAUCUGAUUAGUGAGUCCUGUAAGCCUCCUAAAUGGUUGAAAUGCAGUGAUUUUGACGAGAAGAGCAUUCUUGAAUGUGAAGAUAGUAAGCUAACAAAGCCUUUGAGGCACGAUGACGAGGCUAUAGUAACAGAUGUAGGUCUGAUUCAAGUUGACAGUUUCUAUCAAGACAAUCCCAAGUGGUAUGAUUCACCUUGUGGGCUGGACUCCACUGGAGAUUGCGGGGAUAGUGAAUUCAGACAUGGCGAGAUGGUUUAAACUCUCCUGGGAGAGGUCAGAUUAAACUCACUUCUAACAUAGUUGUGUCGGGUUUGUACUGUGCCUCGAUACAUCCAUUCUUGCUGCUCAAAAUUGGGCUGUACAUUUCAUGUAUACUGAAGAUUGGAGAAUUGCACGAAGGGUUUAGGGGUGUGUUAUUUCCUGUAAAGCAUGAACAAUGAGCUUUGUUGCACAUAGCAUGUCUGUAAGUAUUGUAAACCAGCCAACUUCUCGUGGGAUGUUUAUUUGCUCUCUCUGACAGUAGAGAGAAUUCGAUUAUUGUUCAUUUGAAAGUUUGUUAGUUUUUCUUCCAUUUUAUUGUUUAUUGGUUUCAUUGUUGCAUGUAUGUAUUGCCUUAAUUCCUGUUUCCUUAUUCCUUUGGGUUUGGAACUGAGCUUGUUUGCAAUAGCUAUUAAGCAGUUUAUUCUUGCUGUUUCUUUCCCGUCUUUCUAACCAAGCAUUGAAUGCCAUGGAUUGGUAGUCUUCUUAUGCGAAGCUGUGUACAUGUCCUCGAAAAUUAUGGCAUCAGUUUUGAAUCCUGCUGCCUCGACAAUUCUGCCGUCGCUUGAAGUUCGUGUGCCUUGAUUCAUUCCAACAAGUAGCUUUCAAACUAAAGCGUCAAGGAAUGAAUACUGUAUGUGAUG